AUGGCUGGACAUUUUAUCCGACCCAGAUGGAUUAAUGAUGCACGUCGGAUUUAUGAAGAAACAAUGCAUGAACUUGAAAUACAGGAUCCUAUUCCUCCUGAACCUCAGUGGCCUUCAACAAUGAACAGUGAGGCAAAGCAGAAAAGGUUAAAUUACCUGUUCAUGAAGCGUUGUGUGGAGAGUAGUCCUGUAGUACCAAUCCAGAAGGAGUGGCUGGACUCUAUUCUGACUCUGGUACCUGUCUCACUGAGAGAAGGAAAGGUGAGAGAGAUAAUUGUAAAUGAACUCUUUGAAGAAGUUGUUGAAGAUUUUGAAAAGAGCAUGAAGAGAUUUCUGGUGAAAAGUGUUCUUGUAAAGCCAGAAGUGACAGGACUUGAAUAUGAAGACUCUGAACCUCUUCCACAAGAACCCACUGGCAUGGACUUCUCUCAACCUUGGCAUGAGAGUUUUGUGAAAGCUCGAGAAGAGAUUAAAAAAAAUCUCUACAUCCUUCAUCCAGUCAUGCAGGCAGUUCUCGACUUGGGUUAUGUUACUUUUUCCAAUCUGCUUCUUGUGAAUGUGUCUGACUGCAGAUCGAAAGGACCAAUUGAAUGUGAAACAUUCAAGAAUAAUGUCGUGAUAGAGCAUGGGAAAAUGGAAAAAAAGAUUAUGACUACAUGGUACCCCAAAGUUCUCAGUCUUUUAACUGACAAAGAGAAGACAAAGGACAUUAAAGCUGAGAAAAUUGAUUGUUUCUACUCCAGUGCUAAUGUACUAAUAGGUAAUCAGUUGCAAGAGUUUCUUGGAAGGACAAUAAAGGCCUACAUAAAGCUUUUUGAUGAAGAAGAAAAAUAUCAGAUGCCCCUUUUUAAAAUGGAACUAGUAUUUGAUGAAGAUAGAAUGGAGUUUUAUCCUACAUUUUCAGACCUAGAGGAGACGGUACUCUUUGUGAUUUCUAAAAUAGAAGAUGCCAUGCAGAAUGUUCAAACAGUGCAGUCCUGGCUUUCAGAUAGUAACAUUGAUGACAUUGAGAACAUAAAGGCAAAGCCAUCUGCUGAUCUCCUAAACUGGGCUCAUUCCACACUCAAGCAAACAGUUAAAACUAACUUUGAAGGAGCAGCUGCUCAUUUCCAGCAGUAUGUUCAAAAUUAUGAUUGGCUAAUAAAUGGAACUGCCAAUGAACGUAUACAGGAAUUCAUGGAAGAAGAACAUUCAUUUGAUGAGUACACAGAGUUCAUAGAACAAUUUCGUCACUUGUCAGUGGAGAUCAUGAGUUUAAUAAAAGUUGCCCACUUUCAUAUGGUGCGAUUGGACUGCGAAGACAUAAAACAUGGAUUGUCAGAAAAAGCAAAGAGCUUUGCAGAUAUACUGCUGGAUGGAUUAGUUGCAAAACACAGAGAAGAAAAUGAAGCAAUUUGUCAUGAAUUUGAAUACAUUGUAGAUAAAGCUUUGAAUAUUCCUGAGAGUACAAAGGAAAUGCUGGAAGUGAUAGAUUAUGUGAAUGAAGCAAAAAGUAAAGGUGUUGCAGCUCUGAAUGAAAGAAUCAAAGAACUUCGUCGCAGAUUAGAAUACCUGUUAGAUGUUUAUAUAUUCAAUCCUGCAGACCUAGAUUUACAUGCCACUGUUCUACUUUGGCCAAGGAACAUAAAUCCUAUUUUUGAUGAAAAUGAUGAGCUGAUUGAGAAAGCAAAGCUGAAAGGAGAGACUGAGCUAUUGGCUAAGCGAGAGAAGCUCAUUGUGGAACUGGAGAAGCUUUCACGGCGCUGCGAGGAAUUUGCACAAUGUUCUGAGCUCGACUUGAUGCAGCAGUAUGUGAAUGAUGUGCGGACAGUACAGAAGAGGCUACAAGAUGCAGAGGAGUUAAUCGAAUAUAUCAACAGUGAAGAAGCUCUCUUCAAAUGGGACCUGACCACUUAUCCAUUAGCUGAAAAUAUCAAAGUUACCACAGAACCAUACCAAAAACUUUUUGCCCAGAUCCUAAAAUGGCAACGCAAUGAGAAAAGAUGGAUGGAUGGUUCCUUCCUUGACCUCGAUGGGGAAAGCAUGGAGGCAGAAGUAGAUGAAUUCUUUCGUGAAAUUUACAAGAUGCUAAAAUUCUUCCAGCAAAAACAAAAGAAAGCAGAACUUGAAAAAAGGAAGACAGCCCCUCGCCGACGGCUUGUUGCUGAGGAAGAGGUGGAAGAAGAAAAGAAAGAGAGUGCAAGUGUUGCAAUGUGUAGUGUAGUAGUGGCUCAAAUUAAGGACUUUAAGGAAAUUGUUCCUCUUGUAUCCAUACUAUGUAACCCUGGCAUGAGACCUCGUCACUGGGCACAGGUGUCUGAAAUUAUGGGAUAUGAUUUGACCCCAGACUCAGGAACAACUCUAAGAAAAAUGUUAAAGCUGAAUCUAACUCCAUUCUUAGAAAAGUUUGAAGAAAUUAGUGCUGCUGCUACCAAGGAAUUCUCAUUGGAAAAAGCAAUGCAAGUCAUGGAAGAAACCUGGGAGACAAUAAUCUUUCAUACAAGUUUAUAUCGGGAUACUGGAGUCUCCAUUUUGUCGGCUGUGGAUGAGAUUCAGGCUAUCCUUGAUGAUCAAAUUAUCAAGACACAAACAAUGAGAGGGUCACCAUUCUGUAAACCAUUUGAAAAGAAAAUCAAGAAUUGGGAGGAACGCCUGAUUCAUGUUCAGGAAACCAUUGAUGAAUGGUUGAAAGUACAAGCUCAAUGGCUCUAUCUAGACCCCAUUUUUUCUUCUGAGGACAUUAUGCAACAGAUGCCAGAAGAGGGACGACUCUUCCAAACUGUGGACAGGAACUGGAAAGACAUUAUGAGACAUUGUGUUAAGGAUCCCAAGGUUCUGGCAGCAACAUCUCUGACAGGAUUACUGGGGAAACUCCAGGAUUGCAAUCGCUUGUUGGAGAAAAUCAUGAAAGGACUAAAUGCCUAUUUGGAGAAAAAACGGCUCUUCUUUCCUCGGUUUUUCUUUCUUUCUAAUGACGAGAUGCUAGAGAUCCUUUCAGAAACCAAGGAUCCAUUAAGAGUGCAACCUCAUUUGAAGAAAUGUUUUGAGGGUAUUAGCAAACUGGAAUUUCUUCCCAAUCUGGACAUUAUUGCAAUGUUCAGUAGUGAAGGUGAACGAGUUGAAUUGAUUCAAAAGAUUAGCACUUCUGAAGCUCGUGGUGCUGUAGAAAAAUGGCUGGUACAAGUGGAAGACAUUAUGCUAAGGAGUAUACAUGAAGUUAUUGAGCGAUCACAACAGGAUUAUCCAGUGAAUAACAGAACAGAUUGGGUGGUAAGUUGGCCUGGCCAGGUCGUCAUUUGUGUAUCUCAGAUGUUCUGGACCGUAGAGGUGGAGUCUGCAAUCCGAAAUGGCUCACAGGGGCUGAAAAAAUACUGCACUAAACUUCAAACCCAGCUGAAUGAUAUUGUGGAGCUGGUAAGAGGGAAACUGUCCAAGCAGACUCGUAUUACACUUGGUGCUUUAGUAACCAUUGAUGUACAUGCCAGAGAUGUUGUUGAAGACAUGAUUAAACAAGGAGUCUCAAAUGAGACUGACUUCCAAUGGCUUGCUCAACUUCGGUAUUACUGGCAAAAUGAGAAUGUCCGAGUUCACAUCAUCAAUUGCGAUGUAAAAUAUGCUUAUGAAUAUCUUGGUAACUCACCACGUUUAGUGAUUACCCCAUUGACGGAUCGAUGCUACCGUACUUUGAUUGGAGCCUUUUUUCUGAACUUGGGUGGAGCUCCUGAAGGCCCUGCAGGGACAGGAAAAACAGAAUCAGUUAAAGACUUGGCAAAAGCAGUUGCUGUACAAUGUGUUGUCUUCAACUGUUCUGAUGGACUGGACUAUAUUGCUAUGGGAAAGUUUUUUAAAGGAUUGGCCUCUUCAGGUGCCUGGGCAUGUUUCGAUGAAUUUAAUCGCAUUGAGCUAGAAGUGUUAUCUGUAGUAGCUCAGCAAAUCCUUUGCAUCCAAAGAGCAAUCCAAAACAAUCUUGAGGUCUUUUUGUUUGAAGGAACUGAGCUACGACUGAAUCCAAACUGUUUUGUUGCUAUUACAAUGAAUCCAGGAUAUGCAGGACGCUCUGAAUUACCUGACAAUCUUAAGGUUCUAUUUCGGACAGUAGCUAUGAUGGUUCCUAACUAUGCAUUGAUAGCUGAAAUUUCUCUGUACUCAUAUGGCUUUCUCAAUGCCAAGCCAUUGUCUGUGAAAAUAGUGAUGACGUAUAGGUUAUGUUCGGAACAGCUUUCAUCACAGUUUCACUACGAUUAUGGCAUGCGUGCAGUAAAAGCUGUUUUAGUAGCAGCUGGCAACUUGAAGCUGAAGUUCCCCACAGAGAAUGAAGAUGUUCUGUUGCUGCGAUCAAUUAAGGAUGUGAAUGAGCCCAAGUUCCUGUCACAUGAUAUUCCAUUGUUUAAUGGUAUAACAAGUGAUCUAUUUCCAGGUGUUCAGCUUCCUGAAGCUGACUAUCGGCUUUUUCUUGAGUGUACUAUUGAAUGCUGCAAUAGACAGAGUGUCCAGCCAGUGAAGCCUUUCCUGGAUAAAAUGAUCCAAACCUAUGAAAUGAUGAUUGUGAGACAUGGAUUCAUGCUUGUUGGAGAGCCUUUUGCUGGAAAGACCAAGAUUUUGCAUGUGUUGGCAGAGACUCUGACACUUAUGAAUGAACGUGGUUUGAAUGAGGAGGAAAAGGUUAUUUAUCGUACUGUAAACCCAAAAUCAAUUACCAUGGGCCAGCUAUUUGGACAAUUUGACUUAGUUUCACAUGAGUGGACUGAUGGCAUUGUUGCAAAUACUUUCCGAGAAUUUGCUUCUGCAGACACUCCAGAUCGUAAAUGGGUGAUAUUUGAUGGACCUAUUGAUACCCUAUGGAUUGAAAGCAUGAACACGGUUCUGGAUGAUAACAAGAAGCUAUGUUUGAUGAGUGGAGAGAUCAUCCAAAUGUCACAACAGAUGAGCCUCAUUUUUGAAGCUAUGGAUCUUUCCCAAGCCUCACCAGCUACUGUCAGUCGUUGUGGUAUGAUCUAUCUGGAGCCAGCCCAACUGGGCUGGAAGCCUAUUGUAAUAUCCUGGCUUAAAACUCUCACAAACGUGUCACAUCAUAAAGACAUGCUGAAUCUUUUGGAGGAUCUUUUUGAUUGGCUAGUGCCUCCAGCACUACACGUCCUUCGCAAGCAAUGCAAGGAACUUGUUCCAACAUCUGAUAGCAACACUGUGGUUUCGUUGACUCGUCUUUUUGAGAUGCUUCUCAGUGAAGUUCUGACAGAAGACUCAGAUCCCAAAAACGUUCGUGUAUGGAUAAUGGCUGCCUUUGCCUUUGGGUUGAUUUGGUCAAUUGGUGCAACCUGUGACAAAGAUGGUCGAAAAAUAUUUGAUGCAUUCUUGCGUGAAAUUGUGUCUGUAAAAUCUACAGAGCCACCACCAGCUUCUGUGGGAAAAUGGGAAUGUCUUUUUGAGGAAAAAGGACUUGUCUAUGACUACAUGUAUGAGUUUAAAGGCAGAGGACGUUGGGUCCACUGGAAUGAAACAAUAAAAUCUGUUGCACUGGGUGAUAAGAAAACUAAAGUCCAAGAGAUUAUAGUUCCUACUAUGGACACAGUCAGAUAUACUUAUUUGUUGGACAUCUGUGUUACAAAUGGAAGACCUCUUCUGUUUGUGGGUCAGACUGGCACUGGGAAAUCACUGUAUGUUCAAGAUAAGCUAAUGAACAAUUUGGAUAAGGACCAUUAUGUACCUUUUUUCAUAAACUUUUCUGCACGAACUAGUGCUAAUCAGAUUCAGAAUAUUAUCAUGUCCAGACUGGAUAAGAGACGGAAGGGAGUGUAUGGUCCUCCAAUGGGAAAGAAAUGUGUGAUCUUUGUAGAUGAUAUGAACAUGCCAGCAUUGGAAAUAUAUGGUGCUCAGCCUCCUAUUGAACUGCUCAGACAAUACUUUGACCACGGAAACUGGUAUGACCUGAAAGACACCAGUAGGAUCACUUUGGUUGAUAUACAACUGGUUUCAGCUAUGGGUCCACCAGGUGGUGGUCGAAAUCCUGUUACUCCUAGAUUCCUGCGUCACUUCAAUAUUUGCACUAUCAAUACAUUUAGCGAUGAAACAAUGGUCCGUAUUUUCUCAAACAUUGUAGCUUUCUAUCUCCGUAACAAUGAAUUUCCUACAGAUUACUUUACAAUUGGAAAUCAGAUUGUUAAUGCUACAUUGGAGGUUUAUAAAAAAGCCAUAGAAAAUCUACUUCCUACACCUACAAAAUCCCACUACACCUUUAACUUGCGAGAUUUCUCACGGGUUAUCCAAGGCUGUUUGCUUAUUAAGAAAGAGUCAGUUGAGAGCAAGCGAGAGCUAAUUCGUCUGUUUGUCCAUGAAGUGUUUCGUGUAUUUUAUGAUCGCCUGGUGGAUGAUCAGGAUCGUACCUGGUUGUUUAACCUGAUAAGGACCAUUGUGAAAGAUCAUUUCAGGGAGAAUUUUGAUUCUGUAUUUGAACAUUUGGCACAUGACUCUGGACAUGUCACUGAAGAGAAUUUGAGAAGCCUAUUGUUUGGUGACUACAUGAAUCCUGAUUUGGAAGGAGAUGAACGAUUAUAUGUAGAGGUUCCAUCAAUUCAUGAGUUUAACGAUGUAGUAGUGAUGUGCCUGGAAGAGUAUAAUCAAACUCAUAAAACUCAGAUGAAACUGGUUAUAUUCAGAUAUGUGUUAGAACAUCUGUCACGGAUCAGUCGAGUACUGAAGCAGGCACGAGGUAAUGCUCUUCUUGUGGGAGUAGGCGGAAGUGGCCGUCAGUCUAUGACUCGUUUGGCUACAUCAAUGGCUAAAAUGACUAUCUUUCAACCCGAAAUUUCCAAGAGCUAUGGGACAAAUGAAUGGAGAGAGGAUUUAAAGCAUUUACUUCGAAGUGCAGGAAUGAGAGGUCAGCCCACUGUGUUCCUUAUUACAGACACACAAAUUAAAGAGGAGGCAUUCUUAGAAGAUGUAGACAGUUUACUCAAUACUGGUGAAGUGCCAAAUCUGUUUGCACCUGAUGAAAAACAGGAGAUCAUGGAGGGAGUCCGCGUAGUCGCUCAAGCAGGAAACAAAAAUGCAGACUUCAGUCCACUAGCUCUUUUUGCAUUCUUUGUGAGUCGCUGCAGAGAGAACUUGCACAUUGUGGUGGCCUUUAGCCCUAUUGGAGAUGCUUUCCGAAAUCGUCUGAGACAGUUCCCUUCACUCAUCAACUGCUGUACGAUUGACUGGUUCCAGCCAUGGCCUGAGGAUGCACUUGAACGAGUUGCAAACACCUUUUUGGAAACACUGGAAAUGACUGAAUUUGAACGGAGAGAAGUUGUUCCAAUUUGUAAAUUUUUUCACACAUCUGUUAUUGAGCUAUCAACAAAGUUUCUUCAUGAGCUAAAUCGCCAUAACUAUGUCACUCCUACAUCCUACCUGGAGCUUAUUGCUGCUUUCCGUCAACUCUUAACACAGAAACGGGAUACUGUGUUAAAAGCUAAAAAGAGAUACACAAAUGGAUUAGAUAAACUGGCAUUUGCUGAAUCACAGGUGGGUGAAAUGAAGUUAGAACUGAUGGAGCUGCAGCCAAAAUUGGAAAUAGCCAAAGUUGAAAAUGCUCAUAUGAUGCAGGUCAUCGAGGUAGAAUCUGCAGAGGUGGAGGCAAAGAGCAAAGUUGUAAAAGUUGAUGAAGAAGCAGCUACUGAGAAAGCAACUGAAGCCCAGGCUUUAAAGAAUGAAUGUGAGAGUGAGCUAGCUGAGGCUAUUCCAGCUCUGGAAGCUGCACUUUCUGCCUUGGAUACUUUGAAGCCAUCUGACAUCACGAUUGUUAAGUCAAUGAAGAACCCUCCGCAGGGAGUCAAACUUGUGAUGGCUGCUGUUUGUGUUAUGAAACUCAUCAAGCCAGAAAAAAUCAAUGAUCCUUCUGGAAGAGGAGAAAAGAUUUUAGAUUACUGGGGUCCUAGCAAGAAGUUGCUGGGUGACAUGAAUUUCCUGAGAGAUUUGAGAGAGUAUGACAAAGAUAAUAUUCCAGUUGCUGUUAUGCAGAAAAUACGUACUGAAUACCUCACCAAUCCUGACUUCGACCCACAGAAAGUGGUUAAAGCCUCAUCUGCGGCAGAAGGUUUAUGCAAAUGGAUCCUUGCCAUGGAGGUGUAUGAUCGUGUCGCGAAGGUUGUUGCUCCAAAGAAGGCUCGUUUGAAUGAAGCACAGAAAUCCUUGGCUGAGACGAUGGCAAUUCUAAACCAGAAGAGAGCUGAGCUUAAAGAAGUUGAAGAUCAUCUUGCUGAUCUAAAGAAAACAUUUCAAGAUAAAACUGAGGAAAAAGCACAACUGGAAUUCCAAGUAGACCUGUGUGCCAAAAAGCUGGAGCGAGCAGAGAAAUUGAUUGGAGGACUAGGGGGAGAAAAAUCAAGGUGGUCAAAGGCUGCAGAUGACUUACAAAACAUAUAUGAUACCCUGACUGGGGAUGUGUUAGUUUCAGCAGGUGUCAUUGCUUAUCUUGGAGCUUUCACUGCAUCUUUUCGUCAUGAAUGUAUUGUUGAUUGGACCAACAUGUGCAAGUCUAAAAAUAUCCCAUCUUCGGGUGAUUUCUCACUCAGUAAGACUCUGGGUGAUCCUAUAACAAUCAGAGCAUGGAACAUUGCUGGAUUACCAACAGACAACUUUUCAGUUGAUAAUGGUGUGAUUGUUAGUAACUCCAGGAGAUGGCCAUUAAUGAUUGAUCCACAAGGCCAAGCCAAUAAAUGGGUGAGAAAUUCUGAGCGUGAUAAUAAACUGAGUAUUGCAAAGUUGACAGACUUGGAUUACAUGCGAACACUAGAGAAUUGCAUCCAAUUUGGCACACCUCUCCUAUUGGAAAAUGUUGGUGAGGAACUGGAUCCAUCACUUGAACCACUUUUGCUCAAACAGGUUUUUAAACAAGGUGGUGUGGAAUCUAUCAAACUGGGUGAGAUAAUUAUUGAAUAUUCAAAAGAUUUCCGACUCUAUAUAACAACAAAGCUGAGAAAUCCACACUACUUGCCAGAGCUGGCGACAAAGGUUUCCCUUCUCAACUUUAUGAUCACUCCUGAGGGUCUUGAGGACCAGCUGUUGGGGAUUGUUGUUGCUAAGGAGAGACCUGAGCUGGAAGAAGAGCGGAAUGCACUAAUAUUACAGUCUGCAUCCAAUAAGAAGCAGUUGAAGGAAAUUGAGGAUAAAAUUCUUGAGACCCUUGAGGGCUCUGAAGGAAACAUUCUGGAAGACGAGAGUGCAAUUAAAAUCCUGGACUCUGCCAAAAUUAUGUCUAAUGAGAUCAGCAAAAAACAGCAGAUCGCUGAAAGGACUGAACUGAAGAUUGCAGAAUCUCGUGAAGGAUACAGACCAAUUGCUAAGCAUUCUGCUAUUCUUUUCUUCAGCAUUGCAGACCUGGCCAAUAUAGACCCUAUGUAUCAGUACUCCCUGAGCUGGUUUGUCAUGCUGUAUGUCCACUCUAUCCAUGACAGUAAUAAGUCUAAAAUCUUGGAGAAGCGUCUUCGUUACCUGAAUGAUCACUUCACUUAUAACCUGUAUUCCAAUGUUUGCCGCUCUCUAUUUGAGAAGGACAAGCUGCUCUUUUCCUUCCUUUUAUGCUGUAAUCUACUUUUGGCAAGACACGACAUCAAUUAUCACGAAUUUAUGUUCCUGCUAACAGGGGGUGUAGGAUUGCAGAACAAGUUAGCAAACCCUGAUCCAUCCUGGCUGCAAGACAAGAGCUGGGAUGAGAUCUGUCGUGCAAGUGAUCUACAAAGCUUACAAGGACUAAGGGAUCAUUUCGCCAAGUCCUCAGGAGAAUGGCGCAAGAUUUAUGAAAGUAAAGACCCACACAUUGUUUCUUUGCCACAACCUUGGGAUCACAAAAUCAAUGAACUUCAGAAGAUGAUCAUUCUCAGGGCACUUAGGCCAGAUAAGAUCAUCCCAGCUGUAGCAAAUUUUGUUGUUGAAAAGCUUGGGAAGAGGUUUGUGGAGCCGCCUCCAUUUGAUUUAGCGAAGAGUUAUGCAGAUUCCAACGCCGCAAUACCACUUUUGUUUAUACUCUCUCCAGGGGCUGAUCCAAUGGCAAGUUUAUUAAAAUUAACAAAUGAUAAAAACAUGGAUCGAAGUCAAUUCCAGUCCAUCUCGCUUGGUCAGGGACAAGGCCCAAUUGCUGCCAAAAUGGUUAAAGAAGGUAUGCUUGAUGGUACUUGGGUGUGUCUACAGAAUUGCCACCUUGCUGUGUCUUGGAUGUCAACUCUGGAAAAGAUUUGUGAAGAAUUCAGCGCUGACACCUGUCACCCAGACUUCAGGCUCUGGCUCACCAGUUACCCCUCUCCUAAGUUUCCAGUGACUAUAUUGCAGAAUGGUGUGAAAAUGACUAACGAACCUCCCACUGGUCUCCGAUUAAACCUACUCCAAUCGUACCUCACUGACCCUAUUUCUGACCCCACUUUUUUCAAUAACUGCGUUGGAAAGGAAAUGGUCUGGGAGAAACUUCUUUUUGGACUUUGCUUUUUCCAUGCAAUUGUCCAGGAGAGGAGGAAGUUUGGUCCUCUUGGUUGGAAUAUUCCGUAUGGAUUUAAUGAGUCCGACCUGCGUAUCAGUAUCAGACAGUUGCAGCUCUUUAUAAAUGAAUAUGAGAGUGUUCCAUUUGAAGCCAUCACAUAUCUUACUGGUGAAUGUAAUUAUGGGGGCCGUGUUACAGAUGACUGGGACAGACGUCUACUAAUGACAAUUCUGGCAGAUUUUUGCAAUUCUGAGUUAAUAGAGAACCCAAGAUACUCAUUCUCCCCCAGCAGAAAUUACUGUAUACCCCCUAAAGGAAAAUAUGAUGACUACAUUGACUUCAUUAAGAAACUACCCUCCUCUCAGCACCCAGAGGUCUUUGGAAUGCAUGAAAAUGUAGAUAUCUCAAAGGAUCUACAACAAACCAAGAUAAUGUUUGAUUCAUUGCUACUAACACAGGGAGGCAGUGGACAGGGAGGUGCAUCUGGCUCUGGUGAUCAUGUACUAUUUGAUAUUGCAACAGAUAUCCUUGAAAAGCUCCCUAAAGAUUAUGAUAUUGAAGAAGCAUUGAAUAAAUACCCAGUAAAAUAUGAAGAAAGCAUGAACACAGUAUUAGUACAAGAGAUGGAGCGAUUCAAUAAUUUAAUUCGAACAAUACGAUUCACCCUUCAGAGCCUUCAGAAAGCAAUUAAAGGUCUAGUAGUGAUGGAUUCAAAGCUGGAAGCACUGGCAGGAAGUUUGCUCGUUGGAAAACUUCCCGAUCAAUGGGCUCAACGUUCUUAUCCCAGCCUCAAGCCAUUAGGGAGCUACAUUACUGAUUUUUUGGCACGGCUACAAUUCCUACAGAGCUGGUUUGAUAAUGAAAAGCCUACUGUCUUCUGGUUGUCUGGGUUUUUCUUUACCCAAGCCUUCUUGACUGGUGUAAUGCAGAACUAUGCCAGAAAGUACACCAUCCCAAUUGACCUACUGGGAUUUGAGUACGAGGUCCUGUCUACAGACACAGCAACAAAGUCACCAUCAGAUGGAGCUUACAUUCAUGGAGUGUUCCUUGACGGUGCCCGAUGGGAUCGAGAGAAAGGAUUAAUGGCUGAGCAAUUUCCAAAAGUCCUCUUUGAUUUAAUGCCAGUCAUCUGGAUAAAACCAAAUAAAAGAACACUCUUCAAGACUUCAAAUGACUAUGUCUGCCCAGUCUACAAAACAAGUGAGCGCAAAGGAGUCCUCUCUACCACUGGACAUUCAACCAAUUUUGUUAUUGCUCUGCGUUUGCCAACAGAUAAACCAGUUCAUCAUUGGAUCAAACGUGGUGUUGCACUACUCUGUCAACUGGAUGACUAG